UUUUUCAUGUCUCCCAUCUCGUUAUAAAUGGUAUAAAUUAGCACUAACAGCAAAUAAUUACCACAGAGACUAAUAAACACCUUCAACAUUACAUUCAAUAUUUAAUCUCUUCUCCAUUUCUAUUUUUCAUUUCAAUCACUCUUUGAUUUUUGUUUCCAGCUUUAACUUCAAUUCGAUUUUAAUUUUCAAUUAUUUAAUACCCAACUAACACAAUAAAAUGGCUCCUCAAAAUAUCGAUAAUUUGCAGCAAUCUUUUCAAAAUGCAAUUUCUUUUCAAACUUCUGACUCAAAUUCAAUCAAUGAAGAUCAAGUUUCAAAUUCUUUAACUGAUUCCUAUAUGGAUUCAAACAUCUUUAUGACCCCUAAAAUCAUCAAUAAAGCAAACAUAAAGGCUUUAAAACCCUUUAACACUGGUGAUAUUAAAAUCUUAUUACUAGAAAAUAUUAACCAAACUGCUAUCAACAUUUUCAAAGAUCAAGGUUAUCAAGUUGAAUCUUAUAAAUCAUCUCUACCCGAAUCUGAGUUGAUUGAAAAAAUUAAAUCUGUUCAUGCUAUCGGUAUCAGAUCGAAGACUAUAUUAACCUCUUCGAUUUUGAAGUAUGCUAAAAACUUAAGUGUUAUUGGCUGUUUCUGUAUUGGAACAAACCAAGUUGAUUUAGAUUUUGCAGGCAAGAACGGUAUUGCUGUCUUUAAUUCUCCAUUUUCUAAUUCAAGAUCUGUCGCUGAAUUAGUCAUUGCUGAAAUAAUUUCCUUAGCAAGACAAUUAGGUGAUAGAUCAAUUGAAAUGCAUACCGGUACCUGGAACAAAGUUUCCAAUAAAUGCUGGGAGAUUAGAGGUAAAACUUUAGGUAUUGUCGGUUAUGGUCACAUUGGUUCUCAAUUAUCUGUUUUAGCUGAAUCGAUGGGUAUGAAAGUUAUUUAUUAUGAUAUCUUAGCUAUAAUGGCUUUAGGUACUGCUAAACAAGUCUCAUCUUUGGAUGAAUUAUUAAGAAAGGCUGAUUUUGUUAGUUUACAUGUUCCUGCAACACCUGAUACAGUUGAUAUGAUUUCAUCGCCUCAAUUUGCUGCAAUGAAACAAGGUUCCUAUUUAAUUAAUGCUUCAAGAGGAACUGUGGUCAAUAUUUCUGCUCUAAUUAAUGCAAUGAAAGUGAAAAAAAUCGCUGGUGCAGCUUUAGACGUUUAUCCAAAUGAACCUGCUAAAAACGGUGCCAACUUAUUUUCCAAUAGUUUGAAUUCAUGGAGUUCUGAAUUAACCUCUUUAAGAAACGUUAUCUUAACUCCUCAUAUUGGUGGUUCAACUGAAGAAGCUCAAUCCGCUAUUGGAAUUGAAGUUAGUAAUGCUUUAACUAAAUAUAUCAAUGAGGGUAUUUCUAUUGGGGCUGUUAAUAUUCCCGAAGUCUCCUUAAGAUCUUUGAAUUUAGAUCAAGAAAACGUUGUUAGAGUUUUGUAUAUUCAUCAAAACGUUCCAGGUGUUUUAAAAACUGUUAAUAAUAUUUUAAGUAAUCAUAAUAUUGAAAAACAAUUCUCUGAUUCAAGAGGUGGAAUUGCUUAUCUUAUGGCUGAUAUUUUGGAUGUUGAUGCUGCCGAUAUUGCUAAACUACAUGAAUUAUUAGAGGCAACCAAAUAUAAGAUUUCUAUUCGUUUGCUUUAUUAAACUCACUAAACACAUUCAGUUAAUUAAAUUAAAUUAAUUAAUUUGUCUUUUGUUUUUCUUUGUUAAUUUUCAAUUCUUUUUUAAUUUCAUACACAACU